AUCCCGAGGAAAUUAUCAUUUUCUCAGUCUCGCGAGCCGAAAUCCCGUGGGAUUAUUUUUUUCAGCGAAUGAACUCAGGCUUUCAGACGCCAUGAGACAUCGAACGAGACAGACAGAGCAGCAAUCAACAUCCCCGUAAAUUGGUGGGAAUAGGAGUUGAAAGAUGGUUGUGGCCAUUGGUUUCGAAGGAAGUGCCAAUAAACUCGGGAUUGGGAUCAUCCGGGAUGAUGAGGUACUGUCGAAUGUCAGGAGGACGUACGUCACACCCCCCGGUGAAGGGUUUCUCCCAAGAGAAACAGCUGUUCACCACAGAACACACGUCCUCGAGGUACUGAAGCAAGCCCUGAGUGAUGCAAAAUUGACAAUGAAAGAGGUAGACGUGAUAUGUUACACAAAAGGCCCUGGAAUGGGUGGACCCCUCUCAGUGCUGGCUCUGGUCGCCAGAACAGUUGCCCAGAUCUACAACAAACCGAUAAUAGGGGUAAAUCACUGUGUUGGGCACAUCGAGAUGGGAAGGUUGAUAACCAAGAGCGAGAAUCCAACGAUUCUCUACGUCUCUGGGGGUAACACACAGAUAAUUGCGUACGCGAAGCAGAGGUACAGGAUUUUCGGGGAGACGAUUGAUAUCGCUGUUGGAAAUUGUCUGGACAGGUUUGCCAGGCUCCUCAUGCUCUCCAACGACCCCAGCCCUGGCUACAACAUUGAACAAAUGGCUAAGACGGGUAAAAAACUAGCUCCUCUUCCUUACACAGUCAAAGGAAUGGACGUGUCAUUCUCUGGGAUAUUAUCGCACAUUGAGGAGCGAUUAGAGGACUGGUUGAGCUCUGGAAAAUACACGAAAGAGGAUCUAUGCUUCUCCCUGCAAGAAACUCUCUUUGCAAUGUUGAUAGAAAUCACAGAGAGAGCAAUGGCUCACGUGGGCUCCAACGAAGUCCUGAUAGUCGGUGGAGUUGGCUGCAACGAACGUCUCCAAAAUAUGAUGGAAAUAAUGUGCAAGGAGCGCUCCGCGAAGCUCUACGCCACCGACGAGAGAUUCUGCAUAGACAACGGAGUGAUGAUAGCAGUGGCUGGCCUCCUCCAGUUUAACCACGGAAAACCCACCCCCUGGAACGAGACGACCUGCUCCCAGAGAUAUCGAACCGACGAUGUAUUAAUCACUUGGCGACAAUAAAAAAAAACCCUCAAUUCCAAUGUUUCAUGCUGCCUAUUCAGAAGUGCAGCCAAUCCCAGCCCCAAUGAAGUCCCCAGACCUGUCCAAGACAAAUGGGAAUUCAUCCCCUCGAUGAUUCCCCCGAAAACAAAUCAUGAAGAAAGCUUUUGGUUAGACCUAAUGGAUGCAGGUCCCCUAAUGCCUUGAGUCGGGAAUCCCCGGACUUCUCAAAGAAUCGUGACAAGAUGAUUCGAUAAGUUAUCGGAAAUAAAAACUCCUAGGCCAAAUAACAUAGCCACAUUCCUGGCAGAGACAGACUCAAAGUUUUAAAAUUAUUCACGAUUUCACUAAAAGUAACAAUAUAACAAUAUAAAAAUUGAAAAUAGGUGCAACUAAAUAAAAGUUGACAGAAAAACUGAAGUUCAUAUGUAAAUAAUACUCGAAUGAAGUUAUGUGAAUAAUCCAACGAUGGAUUAAUAUUUAUCAAUAAAAAAAUGCCGUGAGUAGAUGACUAAUGCCUGAGGCUCUUCACGAUAACGAGAUUUUUAUUAAAGGUUUAUUAAUUUAAAACGGUUCUCUUGGAGAUUAUGGCUGGGUCAAUCUCGCAAACUCAUGUAGGAUCAUAAUCAUUCGGACACAGGAUAUUUAAUUUAAUGAAAUAAUGAAUGUAUAUUUGAGUUAAAUUCGGAUUUCAAAAAAAAGUACACCGUUGUGGGAGCUAAACUUCUUUACAUCUUGACGCGUCAUCCAUCCGAUCAGAACUGACUCACUCUUUACUCUCUCAUUCGGGCAAACACUCUUUUCUAUAUCUAUUUCAAAAUUACUUUUCUCACUCUCACUCAUGCUCAAUUUGAAUUGAGCCCAAUACUUCGACCCUCUUAAAUAAAAUAUUAGAAUAUUGAAAUCGCGAAUUUUCGACUCUGGUGUUUUCUGAGGAUAAGACCAACUUUUGAAAAUAAGCGUUCCGAAGGAACACUGGAUGAACAAAUGGUCAACUUUUUUUUUAUUUUAGCAUUUCAAACUUACAAGUUUAUUAUGCUGUUAUGCCCCAAAAUAACGUCAUGACUCAUUCAUUAUUUUAUAUUCAUCACUCAUUAUUUUACUAAUUCAGCGUUCAUGUGCAACCCAGACAGCAAAACUCGACAAUUUGCCGCAAUUUAUCGGCAAAAUAGCCUUCUUUAUGGCAAACUUUCGGAUCACUGUUUACUGGGAACACUGCUGACCAGUGUCAUAACAUGACCCGCUUAAUUAUUAUAUAAAUUGAACUCACGAGGAUGCGGGAGUUCAGUCGUCAACGUAAAUCAAGCAUAAUACUUAUUUUGUAUCAUCUUUGUAAAUUCCGCAUAUCUAUCCCUUCAGGAUAACUAUGAGUUAGUUUGAAUAAAUAAAUACCUCUAAUUCUACCGAGUAAUACACCGAAUUCCAGUAUCUACCCACUGUAGGGAGAUUUAUCUCCAAUUAGCAGAACCCAGGGCUUCAUCCCUAACAAUGCUGAAAAAAGGAAUAAAUAGAAGUUUUUAUAUUGAUUUAUUCUACAUAAAUACCAUAAUAGUGUGUCAACUUAGAUAGAUAGCUCACUGCUUUUGCCAAAAUUAUCCAUAAUUUUCGCUAAUGAAAUAUAAGUUUUACAUAAGAGAGGUCUAAUAUGAUGAGGUGGUAAAUAUCCUUUUGCACAUAGACUAGGGUAGACUAGACUAGAGAUCAUUUUCGCUCGUGGUGUAUCAUAGAAGGGCCAUAGUUGAGUGUUAGCAACGAAAAUGUAAGGAAAUAGAUUGGAUAAUAAAA